AUGCCGUGUAACCCCACACAUCUUCACUAUUUAUCUCUUGAGUUCCCACUGUCAGGCGGAGCGUACCUAAAAGUGACUGAUCCGUUGUCCCAAGCGUCAUACACCAAGGUAGCCAAAAUGAGCGACCAAAUCUCCUCAUGGAACGUGGUCCACCGCUAUGAGAAGCGCAGCCUUCUCAUAGCCAUCAACAGCGUCGCCGCCCUUUCAAUCCUCUUCUUUGGUUACGACCAAGGCAUGAUGGCCGGAGUCAACAACAGCAAGGACUACAUUGACCUUAUGGGCUUCGGCUACACAGAGAUGAAAGACGGCCAUCCUGCUCCCGUGGUGACUGACAGUCUGCUCCAGGGCGGUAUUGUCUCUGUCUACUAUCUCGGAACCCUCUUUGGCGCGCUCCUUGGCGGCUGGACUGGUGAUAAGGUUGGGAGAAUUAAGACGAUUGCGUCUGGGGCAAUUUGGGCAAUGUUUGGGGCUGCCCUGCAGUGUUCCGCGCAGAACCAUAACUGGAUGAUUUGCUCGCGCUUCAUCAACGGUAUUGGAACUGGUAUCCUCAAUGCGAUUGUUCCGGUUUGGGCUACUGAGACGGCUGAACAUACGAGUCGUGGUCAGUUCAUCGCGAUUGAGUUCACGCUGAACAUCUUUGGUGUCGUUUUGGCGUACUGGCUCGAAUUUGGCCUCUCCUUCAUUGACAACGGCGCCUCUCCCUUCCGCUGGCGCUUCCCCAUUGCAUUUCAAAUCAUCUUCCUAAUUGUACUCUUCAGCGUUGUCUGGUUCUUCCCGGAAUCUCCUCGCUGGCUCGUCAAAGUCGGCCGUGAACAAGAAGCCCGCUACAUCCUUGGCCGUCUCCGCGGAAGCAGUGACGAGGAUGCAGUCCGUGCCGAGGCCGAGUUUCAAGAUAUCCUGAGCGUUGCAGAGAUGGAGAAGUCCAUGGGGCAUAGUACCUCGUAUCUGGCUAUGCUGUUUGGGUAUAAGACGGGUAAGUUGCAUUUAGGGAGGAGAGUGCAGCUUGUGGUCUGGUUGCAGAUUAUGCAGGAGUGGGUUGGGAUUGCGGGUGUUACGGUUUAUGCACCAACUAUCUUCAGUAUCGCCGGCUUCGACUCCAUGAAAAGCCAAUGGAUCAGCGGUCUAAACAACGUCUUCUACAUGUUCGCAACCCUUGUCUGUGUGUUCACCCUCGACCGCAUCGGCCGCCGCUGGACCCUCUACUGGGGCGCCACAGGCCAAGGCAUCGCCAUGUUCCUUGCCGGCGGCUUUUCCCGCCUCGCCAUCAACGCCCGCGAGGCUGGAAACCUCUCGCGCGCCAACUCCUUUGGCGCUGCGGCCGCAUCAAUGGUCUUCAUCUUCACGGCCAUCUUCGGCGCAACCUGGCUUACUGUUCCUUGGAUCUACCCGGCCGAGAUUUACCCGCUCGCUGUGCGUGCAAAGGGGAAUGCAUGGGGUGUUGUGGGAUGGAGUAUUGGGAAUGGAUGGCUGACCCUCCUCUGCCCUGUAAUGUUCGAAUCCAUUGGCGAAAAAACACUCUACGUCUUCGCCGCCAGCAACGUCAUCACCAUUCCCAUGGUCUGGGCGCUGUACCCGGAGAGUAACCAGCGCACGCUGGAAGACAUGGAUCUACUCUUUGCGGCGGAUACUCCAUGGGUAUGGGAUGCAGAGAAGACGUUUGCAAGGUUGAAGGCAGAGAAUCCCGGGUUUGUUGAGACUGCCGCGAGGAAGAAUAGUGUGCUUGAUGAGGAGGCGGGGGCUGGAAAGCCGGGCGUUAGUUUGGAGCAGAGGGAGGAUGCUGGCAAGUAG